AUGGGGGUAGAAACAUUGAAGCAGAAUGAAUGCAGUUACUGUAAUGUUUUCCUCAAAUUUGAGCCCAUAGUUCUACAUGUGUUCUGUGCCAAUCUCAAUUCUGCAAAGGUUUUGUUCACUUGUGCUUUGGAGGCAGGAUUAAGAAACUCUGGAAUAAUGAUAGGGAAAUAUGAGAAGCUCACACUGGCUAUCCGAAGCUCCCACAUGAUGGAGGCCCCCUUGGUUGCUGACUAUAAAGUUUUGACUUCUGAGGAAUACAUCCAAGCCCUUCUCCAGGAGGCAAACAGGCGAAUGGAAGAAAACUUCUUACGUAUAAAUCGUUUCCAUCAUGCCAUAUGCGAGAGACUUGUCCAAUCAAGAUUACAUGAUGAAGUGAAGAUGAAGAAGCCUGAAUUUCUGUUGAAAAAGAAGAAGGAUGAAAAAAAACAUGGAAGUGAUGUUCCUGAUACUGCAGAAGACAAGGAUCUGACAGCAGACAUGGUGGAGAAGUAUGCCCUUCUUGGGGAAUCUGCAUCAGAAAAGAGAAAGAGUGUGACACAGCUGAAUGUGGCCUCACCAAUUGACUGUCUCCUGGCCCUAUCUGAGGGGCAGCUCUUUGUCUUGGAUGCUUCUGAUCUCCAGAUUCUGGGAGGUGGGUCUCGACUGAAGAAUCUUCAAUUCUUCUGUGUCAAUGAGAAUCCUCAGACACCUGAUCCACAGACUAUCCAGUUGUGUGGAGUGAAGAAGAAGAAUCUAAAGGUGUGGAACUUGGGAGAGAGGAGGAUGCUAUCUCAGGUAGGAGACGUGAGUCUCCCUCAACCACCUCGUAGUAUGGCCAUGGCUGGAAGUUAUGUCUGCCUGGCUCUCACAGAUGAAUAUCGCAUUUUCAACUGGGAAACAGGAGCCUCUCAGGAACUCUUUCCAUUCCAAGAAGACUUUCUUCAUCCACUUGUCACAUGGAUCCGGAGGGAUGAGUUUAUGGUAAGUGCUCCAGGACCCUUGGGAGUGUUUGCCUCAGUUGCUGGAGUAUCUGAGACACCUCCUAUCCGGUUGCCAGAAGAGCCCUUGGCUGCAGCUCAUCGAGAACCAUAUCUCCUUGUCCUUCAUUCCAAUGUCAUUGCUGUUUUCAGUCUUUUAGAUCAGAAAAAAAAGCAGCAGUUGCCAUUUGCAAUGGGUCGAGGCCUGGCACACCUGGAUGGUCGUCUUUAUGCCUGGUCCCCCACUGCUGUCUCAUACCUUAGACCUUUUCCCAUCAACACACAGAUCCAGGGCCUGCUGGCAAAUGGGCAUGUUGAAGAAGCCCUUGAGAUGGCAUCCAAUCUUGGUCAGUCUGGGAUGGCAGAAGAUGAAUUCCAGCUCAUGUUCAGAUGCAUCCAGCAAGAGGGGGGAUUUGUUGAAUUUGCUCGUGAGAAUUUCCCUCAAGCCAAAGAAUUGUUUCUCAUGUCUGGUUUAGAUGUUCGAGAGGAAGUGGAUACAGGCCUGGUUAAACUACUAGCUGAAUUGUCUCCUGACAAACUGGUGGAUUUCAUCCAAGCAGAGACAUUAAAAUGUGAUGCAGAAGAGUCCCUUGAGUGGUUGUCAUUGUACAAGAGGCAUCAUGCAAGAGCUCAUCUCCUACAGCGUUUGAAUAGACAUUCAGAAGCCCUAGCCAUCUGGUCAGACCUGUGUGAUGGCCAAUUGUUUGAUCCUUCCUUUCAAGGGAUUGGUUUCCUGGAGAAGUACAUUAUCAUGUGUCAUGACAGAGACAUUGUAUGGAAAUAUGCAGAUUUUGUGUUUGGUCGAGACCCUGAUUUCCCAGUUACCAUGUUGAUCGGAAGGGAUCCAGAAGAAUGGCCUCCUUCCAUCAUCAUUACAUAUCUGUCCAAGUAUCCCCAAGCACAACUCAAGUAUCUGGAGCAUCUUGUCUUAGAAGAUAAAUCUGAGAGGGAAGACUAUCACACACAGUUGGCAUUGAAUUAUCUGAGUCAGAUAGAGAAAGGAAAUAUGGAAAGGAAAGAAAAGGAGGUGGAAACAGGGAGGAUGAAGCUGCGUAAGCUCAUAGCAUUGUCAUCUCAGUUCAAGGCCCAGUUGUUGCUUGGUCGAACUAAGGAGCUUGGUCUCCUUGAAGAAAUGGCUCUCCUUUAUGGAAAGUUGGGAGAACAUAAAAAGGCACUUGACAUCCUGGUGCAUGAACUUGGAGACACAGAUGCCGCAAGAGACUACUGCCUGACAUGCUCAGAUAAAGCUGAUACAGAUGAGAGGACCACUCGAGCUCAUCUUCUUUUGAUUCUCCUGCAGACUUACCUCAAUCCUUCACUUGACCAGGAGAGCCAGAUGCAGUUGCGAGGUCCAGCCCUGGACCUCUUGGUUAAGCAUGCAACUGACUUCAAUGUGACUGAUGUGUUGGCCAUACUACCUGACUCUUGGAGGCUGGAUAGUGUUCACACAUUUUUGAUUAAGUCUAUUCGUGAGGCUCUCCAUUCAAAGCGUAUGCUCCAGGUGAAGAGAAAUCUGAGUCAGGAGUUGGACUUACAUGAAUCAUUUGUUCAUCUUUGUCUCACAAGAGAAAGUAUUAUCAUGAACUCCAGUAGAGAAAAGAACCUCAAGAUGUCCGAUUACCACAAGCCAGAGGCCAAGUCUCUCCAGGAACUACGAGACAUCGCUCACAAGUUUCGCAUUCAUUCCAUCCAAUCAACCACAGCAGGAAAAUCCGGUCACCCAACAUCAUGUUGCUCCAUGGCAGAGAUCAUGUCAGUGCUGUUUUUCAACACCAUGCGCUACAAAGUGAAGGAGCCGAGGGAUCCAUCAUCAGAUCGCUUCAUCUUGUCCAAAGGUCAUGCUGCACCCAUCCUCUAUGCAGCAUGGGCAGAAGCAGGACUAUUUCCCACAUCAGACCUCCUGAACCUUCGAAAAUUUGAAUCUGAUUUGGAGGGACAUCCUACUCCAAGGUUAAACUUUGUUGAUGUUGCUACUGGAUCUUUGGGCCAAGGCCUGAGUGUGGCUGCUGGGAUGGCUUAUGUUGGCAAGCAUUUUGACAAGGCUUCAUACAGGGUAUAUUGCCUGAUUGGAGAUGGAGAGAGUGCUGAGGGGUCAGUAUGGGAAGCUCUAAAUUUUGCCAGUCACUACCAUCUGGACAACCUGGUUGCCAUUUUUGACGUGAAUCGACUUGGGCAGUCUGAUCCCACCAUCUUGCAACAUGACAUGGAUGUCUACAAGAACCGUCUUGAAUCCUUUGGAUUUCACACCCUUGUGGUGGAUGGUCACAACAUUGAGGCUCUUUGCAAGGCUUUCUAUGAAGCAUCAAAUGUGCAAGGAAAGCCGUCUGCUAUUUUGGCCAAAACAUACAAGGGGAAAGGGAUACCAAAUGUAGAAGAUAAGGAAAAUUGGCAUGGAAAGCCCCUUGGAGAUGAGUCAGCCUCUGCCAUUCAGGCCAUUGAAUCUCUGAUUGCAAACAAAGGAGCAUCAACCCUGGUUCCUAAAACACCACUAAAGGAGGAUGCAGCUCAUCUUCAUAAUGAGAAAGUGCAAUUGUCUGAGCCCCCAAGCUAUGAGAAGGGCCAGCUGGUAGCAACUCGUUUGGCAUAUGGUACUGCUCUGCUCAAGUUAGCUCGCAGCAGUCCACACAUCAUUGCUCUUGACGGAGAUACUAAAAAUUCCACUUACUCUGAUAAAAUCAAAAAGGAAUUCCCAGAUCGACACAUUGAGUGUUAUAUAGCUGAACAGAAUCUCGUUGGAGUUGCCCUUGGUGCUGCUUGCCGAGGAAGGACCAUCCCUUUUGUCUCCACUUUUGCUGCAUUUUUCACUCGUGCCUUUGAUCAGCUACGAAUGGGAGCCAUAUCUCAAGGUAACAUUGUGUGUGUUGGAUCACAUGCGGGAGUGAGCAUUGGAGAAGAUGGUCCUUCGCAGAUGGCUCUAGAAGACCUGGCCAUGUUCCGGAGCAUUCCCUCUGCCACAGUGUUCUAUCCUAGUGAUGGUGUGAGCACUGAAAGAGCUGUUGAACUGGCUGCCAACACAAAAGGGAUCGUAUUCAUUCGCACUUCUCGUCCUACCCUUCCCAAUAUAUAUCCUAAUGAUGAAGAAUUCCAAAUUGGAAAGGCCAAAGUGGUGAGAGAGAGCACAAGUGACCAAGUUCUCGUGAUUGGAGCUUGUGUAACCCUUGCAGAAGCAUUGAAGGCAGCAGAAAAACUCAGUAGUUCUGGCAUCAAUAUCAGAGUCAUGGAUCCCUUCACUCUCAAGCCCAUUGACAAGGAUGGAAUCAUCAAACAUGCCAAAGAAUGUGGAGGACGCAUCAUUACAGUAGAAGACCACUAUCCUGAGGGUGGCCUGGGUGAAGCAGUGAUGUCAGCUGUUGCCCUGGAGCGAGACAUAUUGGUGUGGAAACUGGCUGUCCCUCGAAUCCCACGAUCAGGUCCUCCUGCUGUGCUUCUUGAGCAUUUUGGAAUCUCAGCUGAUGCAAUUGAAAACGCUCAGUUCCUUCAUGCGACCAAUGCCACUGAUGAGACCCAGGAACUCCUUCUUCCUCUGUUCCACUUUUAUCUCCAGCUUCUCUCUCAUAUUCUAGGAGAAAACAAGUUAAAUGGCUGGGUCUGCUUGGAUCUCGCCAUCACAGUUCCAAAUGGAAUGAGUCUGGUUGGGAUCUUCCCUGGGGAUGUACUUCAUUUCUUGGACCCGUCUCAAGGAUGCAAAGGACAUUUGGUACUGAGACCCAGCAGAAAAGUGAAGCCGGAGAAGAAAUCGAAUGUAGUUGAAGAAACUUGUCUUUUUCACAAGAAGGAGAUCCAUAUGACCAUCACCAAAGGGAAACAGGAGAGACUCGUUCUGGAUAUUCAGACUACCUUUGGGAUUGCGUAG